AUGCCUGGUCUGCUUGAUAAUGCUGUCCACAUUCGGCCAACUUUGGCCAUUGGCAGCCUUCUGGUUGCCACUCUUUUUGCAGCUGCUCCCCGGCUGAGUAGUGCCACAUUGAAGGCGAAACUCUGGUCUGAUGGUCAUUUAGCCACAGACGAAGGGCACGAAGUGUUUGCAAGAAAUGCAGACGCUGUACAGGUAGGUGAUGCGACCGUUGCAGAAAAUGUGGAAUUUCUCACAAAGACACUGUCGAGGUUCCAGAACUUGGCAACGAGUGCACAGCAGAGUAUCCAAUCGAGACAUGAGAAAGAGGAACAGAGACUGAAGGACUCCAUCUCUCAGGCAAGCAAUGCAAAUGUAAAGAUGGCCUUAGAACGCAGUGUCGCUUCAAACAAAGAAGCACUUGAGGAAACUCAAGGUAUUUAUCGCAACAUUGCGUCGUUCUCCAGCGACAUGCUUUCCAUGCUGAAGAAGACCUCCAAGUCAGGCACAACAUGCGAUCAGCUUUAUUGUGGUAAGCAUGCCUCCUGCGCUGAUACUUUCCAAGGUGCAAGCUGUGUUUGCGACGAGGGCUACAUCGGCCUUGGCCAGGAGUGUCAUGCUCCUGCUGAAUUUGCGCCCCACUUGUUGCUUGGUGAAAAUGCUGCCCAAGCUGCGGACAUUCAUGUCGCCUCAUUCGACACCAACAAGGUGGCGGUGGUCUUCCGCGACAUUAGCAAGGGCAACGCUGGUGCUUUGAUGGUUGGCAGCGUUGGAGAGGCUGGAAACCUGGAGCUGUCGCCGCUGGAAGUCUUCACUGCUCCUGGAGAAAAGGCAUUCGCACCAGUAGUAGCUGGAACAGACGGGCGUCAAAUUGCCAUCGCCUGGAGAGAUGACCAAAGGAAGGGGAACUGCAGGCUUCGGGCUGCAGUGCUGGGAACCUCUGGCGUUCGAGGUGCAGAGAUGGCCUUGUCUUGGGGCCCUACAAUGGACUUUUGCACCAACCAGGCCCACAAAAUGUCGAUCCAGUCCUUCCCUCCCAAUCGGAUCAUGGUCUUGUAUUCCGACAAGGCUAAGGGAUCUGAGACCGCCACAGAGUCCUUUGGAAACUCCAUGUUGGCAGACAUUAGUAGCCUUGGCAACAUUUCUCUCCUAGGCAAUUUCCGCUUCACUGACAGUGCAGUCGCCCGUUUGGAGACGACAAAAGUCAGCAAGAAUGGCUUCGUGCUGGCUGCUCGGGCAUCUCCUGCAACAGAUGACAUGAACCCCAAAGCUUCUGUCGAACAGGAGGCAAUGGCAAUGUAUGGCGAGCUGGUUGGUGAAGACCUUGUCUUUGACCCAAAUCCAGUAAACCUGGAGCCUGAGAAGGGACAGGUUUGGGCUCGAGGUCUUUCUCUUAUCGCACCAAACACCGUGGCCUAUGCGUAUCAAGAUGCGUCGAAGAUGGAGCUCAAAUUGGCAGUUCUGGACAUUGACCCCCAGACCCACAAAAUGAAGGUGGUAGAAGAUCCGUCAACCUUCCAGAAGGGAUUCUCGCCUUACGUCUCAAUGUUGUCUUUGCCGUACUCAGCGUCGGAUCCAUACACCUUGACCUACUACCAAGGUGAGAAAAGUGCCAUCGCAAGCAUUUGUGCUUGGAACUCUGGCCGGCAGCAACUUCAGAACUGUGAGGAUUUCCCUUGGCUUUCCCACAAAGCUUCGUCAGUCUCUGGUGUCGCGGUGGGAGAAGGCUUGCCAACCGGUGACUUCAACGUCAGCUGGUGGGUAUUUGGGGUUUUCAACGCUUGGAUACAGAUGGAUUAA